AUGAAAUCACAAUUACAACAAGAUACAAUAAAAUCGUUACAUUAUUCGUUAAAAUUAAAGGAUAAUCUAUUAAACCUUCCACCAAACACAACAAUUCGUUUUACUUUGAUAUUACAACCCAAAAAUGAAUAUGAAAAUGAAGAUAUUGAUAUUGAUGUUGAUGUUAUUUUAGCUAUUGAUUCAUCAAAAAAUCUCAAAACGUUAAAAGUUUUUGGACAUAUUCGGCCAUCAAAACUUUCAGUUAUGUUUCAAGAAAAACCUAUACUCAAUAACCAAUUAUCAUCUGCAAAUUUGCCAUUGAAUGACUUUCUCAUAGUACUAUGGGAUCCAAAGACCGGUAAGAUAAUGCUAAUUACUCAACAAGCAAAAAUCAUUAAUAAUAGACAUGUAAAAGCGAUGAUUAAAUAUGAUCAAUUUGAUAUGAAAGAUGGAGAAAAACAAUUCUUAGCAACAAGAUUUAGCAUGGAACUAAACGAAUUUUCUCUAAAUCCAAAUACCGACAAGACGGUUAAAUUUUCUUAUUAUCCAAUCGAUUUUUGUGAUUUUGACGGAUGUAUACAUUUACAACUAAAUUCUACAGCACAUGAAAAACUUCCAUAUGAAAUUAAAUUCAACAGAUCACGCUUAGAAACAACUCCUAAAAGUUUAGUAGAUAUUAGAUUAAUUAAACCAGGAAAAACAUUUCAUAAAAUCUUAAUAAUAACAAAUACUGGUCGUAAGAUUUUACAUUUUAAUAUAAGUGAAAUAAAUAAUAAAAUAACGUUUAUUAAAUCGGUUAAAUUUCAACAAGAAAAAGAGAUAGUAACAUCGUUUAACCAACAAAUUCGAAUUGAACCGAAGAAAUAUGUUUCACUUCAUGCAGCAAUCGAUUGCGAUGAUGAAAUAAAUAUAAUUUUUUAUGCUGGUAUUGUUCAGCUAUUUGAAUUUGAAGUCUUAUCACAACGUGAUCCAGUUAUUACCUUGGAUUCAGAAGUUUUAAAUCGUAUUGUAAAAAUUUGUGUUAUUGGGCAUUUGUUCGAUAAUGAUGGAGAAAUCUAUUAA